UGAAAAGCAAUCCAUGGUUGGGGUGGGCAGCUCCAACCCUGCUCCCUUUGGGAUUUGAGCCCGAGGGAAGGGAAUCCUGGGGCGGGGGGGUGAUCCAGAGGGAUCCUGGGCUUGGAGGGAUGAUCCAGAGGGAUCCCUGUGCCCCUUUGCCACCUUUUGUGUCUCCAGGGCUGCCCUGAGCCCCCCAAAACCUUCCCAGGAGUGGGCGAGGGCUCGACUCCGAAAUCCAGCGCUGCUCCCCGGCCCUUGGGAGGGCACAAAUGUCUUGGAGGGCACAAAUCCCUCUCCAAAGCCCUUGGGAAGGGCAGAAAUCCUUUUCCAAAGCCCUUGGAAGGGGCACAAAGCCCUUGGAGGGGCACAAAUCCCUCUCCAAAGCCUUUGGAAGGGCAGAAAUCCUUUUCCAAAUUCCUCUCCAAAGCCCCUGGGGGGGCACAAUUUCCUCUCCAAAGGCCUUGGAUGGGAAGAAAUCCUUUUCCAAAGCCCUUGGAAAGGCACAAUUCCCUCUCCAAUGUCCUUGGAGGGGCACAAAUCCUUUGGAAGGGCACAAAUCCCUUUCCAAUGCCCUUGGAGGGGCACAAAUCCCUCUAAAUUCCUCUCCAAAGCCAUUGGAAGGGCACAAAUCCCUCUCCAAAUCCUUCUCCAGUGCUCUUGGAGGGGCACAAAUCCUUUUCAAUGCCCUUGGAGGGGCAGAAAUUCUUUUCCAAUGCCCUUGGAGGGGCAGAAAUCUCUUUACAAUGCCCUUGGAAAGGCACAAUUCCCUCUCCAAAGCCCUUGGAGGGGCACAAAUCCCUUUCCAAAUCCCUGUCCAAAGACAUUGGAUGGGCACAAAUCCCUCUCCAAAUCCCUUAGAAGGGCACAAAUCCCUUUCCAAAGCCCUUGGAGGGGCAGAAUUCUUUUCCAAUGCCCUUGGAAGGGCACAAAGCCCUCGGAGGGGCAAAAAUCCUUUUCCAAAUGCCUUGGAAGGGCACAAUUCCCUCUCCAAAGCCCUUGGAGGGGCAGAAAUCCUUUUCCAAAUCGCUCUCAAAGACAUUGGAGGGGCACAAAUCAUUUUCCAGUGCCCUUGGAGGGGCACAAAUCCCUCUCUAAAUUCUCUCCAAAGGCAUUGGAAGGGCACAAAUCCUUUUCCAAAGCCCUUUGAAGGGCAGAAAUCCCUUUCCAAUGCCCUUGGAGGGGCACAAAUCCCACCCCAGGGAAUAUCCCAAAGGAAUUCCCGACCCCAAGGGGGAGCCCCUGAAUGUUCAGAGCACUUUUGAAGUCGGUGGCCUUGUUUUCUUAAAGGGCUUUGAUCUUUUCAUGAAAGGAGAGAAUCUUCCCCAUCCCAUCAUCAUCAUCAUCAUCAUCAUCAUCAUCACAGAAUUCAUGCCUGGAAUGUUCAGGGUGAUCCAGGACUCUGGAAUCUGUCAUUAAUCCCUCAAGUUUACACCUAAAAAAGGGAAAAAGAAAGUUGGGAAUUUCUCCUGGAAUUCAGGUUGGCAGCAGCACCAGGGAAAUAAAAAAAGGGGAAAAAACUCUGAUGGAUUUUUAGGAGCGGGCAAAGGGAAGUUUGGGAGUGUUUAUUCCAUCCAAAAAUUCUAGAUUUCUAUUCCAAAUAGAAGGGAUUUUAUCCAGAAUUAGAAAUCUUUCAAGCAGA